AUGAAAUUAUUAAAGCUUCCCUGGUUACAGCAUCGAGAAGAGCAUAAAAGCUAUGAGGUUUAUACAUGCGAUGUGAGUCCUGAUUCCCAAAGGCUAGCAACAGGAGGGUUGGAUGGAAAGAUAAGGAUAUGGUCUAUACCCGACAUUCUGAAAUUUGCCUCGAAUCCCAAUGCUUCUACUGAUAAAGACAUAUUAAUGAAGCCAUUAAGCACGAUGAGUCGACAUGCAGGUUCAGUAACCACAGUGAAGUUUUCACCGGAUGGCAAGUAUUUAGCCAGUGGAUCGGACGACAGGAUAUUACUUAUAUGGGAGUUGGAAGGUGGUACAACGCAACCGAUGUUUGGAGCUGAAAGUACAGACAUUGAGCACUGGAAUGUACGAAGAAGGUUGGUGGCUCACGACAAUGACAUUCAAGAUAUUUGUUGGGCACCGGACUCCAGUAUUAUGGUAAGUGUUGGGUUAGACAGAGCUAUCAUAAUAUGGAAUGGAUCCACGUUUGAAAAGGUGAAAAGGUUCGACGUUCAUCAGUCUCACGUCAAAGGUGUAGUAUUUGAUCCCGCCAAUAAAUAUUUUGCAACUGCCUCUGAUGACAGAACAAUCAAAAUGUUCAGAUACCAUAAGACUGGUGAAACUUCAUUCUCUGUAGAACACGUAAUCACGGAACCGUUCAAAGGUUCUCCAUUGACCACAUAUUUCAGACGGCUCUCCUGGUCGCCUGAUGGCCAGCACAUCGCCGCACCAAACGCUAUGAACGGACCUGUAUCUACAGUUGCAAUAAUUGAGAGAGGUACAUGGGAAUCACCGGUAAGUUUAGUGGGCCACGAUCAACCAACGGAAGUGGCAUCAUUCAAUCCAAGAAUUUUCAAAAGACAGAAAGACGAUUCUACGACUGACACUAUUGAUGGUAAGAAGACAGGAAUCUCGGAUGAAGUUGACUGUAUAGUUGCGAGCUCAGGUCAAGAUAAAACACUGGCUGUAUGGUCAACUUCCAAAGCUAGACCUUUGAUAGUGGCACAGGAUAUUUGCGGCAAAUCUAUUACCGAUAUGAGCUGGACUCCAGAUGGUAAAAUACUUUUCAUUACAUCUUUGGAUAGUUCCAUAGUAGUACUUACGUUCGAGGAUAAUGAAUUUGGUGAAGCCAUACCGUUAGAACAGAAUAUUGAGUAUUUGCACAGAUAUGGCGUUGAUAAGGACUCGUUAGUGUUCCCAGAGACUGUCGAACAGUUGAUACUCGAGGAUCAGGCGAAGAAUCUCAAGAAAUCAAACGUUGAUAUGAACUUGUUGGAAAAUAGGUUGGGGAAGCCCGGAACAAUAGCAGAACCCAACAUCUUACAAGUACGGAGUAAGAAAAGAGCACAACUAACUGGUACCGGUAACCAUACAGAUAACAACACCACCAGUAAAGCCGAGCCACCACAUGUCAAUAUUUUGCAAGUAAAGAGAAAGAAUAAAGUGACUGGUGUCACUGAGGUACUUCACGAUACGGUCGUCAAGAAUGGUAAGAAAAGAGUGGCUCCAACAUUAAUAACUAUGGGCCAUUCGCCAGAUAAGAGCAGAAAACGCGUUAUAUUAUCUACUGCGCAGUCGUUAAAUAACACAGUUCAACCUACUACAAAGCCUGCACCGGAGGAGAAGUCCACUUUGGCAAAGUUGCAGUCCACUAAAUUGAGUAAGCCAUCGUUUAGCAUCCCACGGUUGGGUAUCCAUACGUUAAUAAUGGGUUUCAAAGAGAGAACAAGGGAAAACUUCAUAAACCAAGGCUCUACGGAUUCUACAGUAGAUGAAAGCAACGUAAAUAUCGAUGAAGGCCCACAACAGCUGGAACAAAAUUCUGCGGAAGAACAUCUAUUAACCCUAAACAGUAAAACUACGCUUGAAAAGAUAUGGAGGGACGAGCCAAACACAAGAUAUUUGGAGUUCAAUUCAAUUUUACCCGAUGCAGACGCUGUAUUAAGAGAAAUGGGUACCAUUGAUGAUCUAUACGUGUUAGAAGUCAGAAAUGGUGUGGAGAGAAGUAUUCAAUUCGAUACAGAGGCAUUAUAUGACAAUUCCACUCGUGUGUUAGGGUAUCAUGCCGGUCAAAGAUCCUUCGAGCUAUUUUUCCCCGAUGUUGUUCUCACAUGUGUUGGAUGUAUGGAAACGAAGACCUGGAUUUUAGCUACGACUACAGGCCAAUUGUUUUUCAUUGAUACCUUAGGACAAGCACGGUGCCCUCGGAUCUCUAUCGGCCACAAAAUCAUCAAACUAUGUACUUCUCAAUCUCACGUCAUUGCGAUUACGGAAACUGCCCUCAUAUACGUAUGGGACCUAGUGUCUAUGUCUCUUACACUUAAAAACAUUCCCCUGCUACCGUUACUCGCCCGUGAUCCCAUCACAGGGAAUAGGGCUCGGUUUACAUCAAAAAUCAAGUCAGCAAAGAUGACGGAGAACAAAGACUUGCAAUUAGUUAUGACAGAUAUCGCACCUGACUCAGAUUCAAAUCCUUCCACGUUGCAUUUCCUCUACUCCUCGUCACUUUCGUGCUGGUGUUCUCCAAAAGAAGCACUCCUAGUAGACGCAUCUGUAGAACAAGUAAUUACUAGUUGA